GUGACCGGCACGGUAGAGGCGCAUUGCUACACGUGUAAUCCCGUGCUCUGGGAAUGAGAGGCCAGGUGAUGACACCCUCGAAGCACAUCGUGUCUAAUUAUUAACAGCAACUUAUCCGAGCAGAACAACAGUGAGCUAAGUCGCAGAUUUAAGCUAAGACUGGAUCGCAUCUCUUCACUCAGAUCAAUCACGAUGGAACGCAACUCGGGUGACGCAAAGCGAAGGGACCGCGAGAGAAUCAUGGUGCAGGAGGGAAUCGAGUUGUGGAAACAAAAGAAGCAAGUCGAUCAAUCGAAGAGAAUACAGGAACAGCGAGAGCUGCGUGAGAUGCUGUCACAGUAUUCGCCUUGGGGCCGACCGGGUUGUGGAGCGCCCAACGCUGAUGGAAUCCGCAAAAGAAAGCUUCAUCAGCAGGGCCUAUUCGCCGAGGAGGACAAGAAGAACCUUGGAGCCGCCACUGAUCGGUCUUGGAGUAGUACGCCACAGAGGGGCAGCUCCGGGCAACAGAAACAAAAGAGCACCGCGUACAAGGCGGAUCCCAUCUUGCGUUUCCAAUUCAACGAGCCGGUGAGACGUUGCGUGGACAACGUCCUGAGAUACAGGAAAAAUAACCAGGACAAACAGGCUUAUCGCCAAGAGCUAGACGCUCUGGUGUCGGAGAAGAGGCGCGCGCAGAAGGAGGCGACUACCCGCGAAGCACAGUUGGAGAACAAGCUGGUCAGUACAGACUCCACUGUAUAUGUUUCCAGAUAGGGUCCCUUCUCCUCUAACUGGUACCUGUGAUUGAUUAACCCUCAUUUCCAGUUGGAAAUGGCGUCCCCCUGGGGGCGCCCCGGCCCUGGGGGGUUCUUGUGGAGGGACCGACGAACAAUUGGCUUAAAUUUUCUACAUUCGUUGGUAUGUUCAUUUGUUCGUCUUUCACUUCUGUAGUAGCCAUGCCACGUCUCUAUGAACGAUUUCUGCUAUAAAAAAAAAGUGUUAAAUCACUUGGCCACUCGAGGAAUCGUAAAAGCCAGCUUAUUCCUUUUAUUUAAAAUGAUUGUAUGAUAAAAAAAAAACGUCCUUCGUUCCGAUUCCAGUCAAGUUUAAAUUUAAGACCAUCGUCUGAUAAGUAGAUAAGGACAGCAAGACAAGCAAACAGGUGGCUCUUUCUCGCGGUAGAAAUAGAAAAUUCACAGUUAAGUUGGUUCCGGCGUGUAAGUGGGAAAUGCAGGACACUGUAAUGAAGUAAGGCAUACAAAGGGUCCGGAACAUACUAAAAGGGGUUUUGGGGGUAUGGAAUAAUAUGACAAAUUCAAAAUUAAAGUC